AUGGUCGCGACUCUGCUUCAGAGUCUUGCCGCUGUGUCUUCCGAUCUCUGGCCUUCGAUGUCCUCUGUCUUGUCUGCUCCGCUGAAACAGACCGGACGAACUCCGACGCCCGCUGCUCGCGAUACUUUGUCCCGGAACUCGCCUCAAGGGAAUCAAGUGCGCGUUCCUCUGCCGGGGUGCUUGGACUCCGUUUCUGUUGAGGCGCUGAGAGCUGAUAUGGUCAAUCGGCGCAUGCCGCGUGCAACAACGCUUUUGGGCGGAUCUAAUGCCCUGUCUCCUUUGUCAACCUUCGCCUCGACUCGUGCCAGCGCUGUCCCGGCUAGACGUGCAUACUCUACUUUAACGCCUUUCCGCCUCAGUUCGCUGCGUUCCGCGCCGAAGCCUCAAGGCCUGCCGAAGUUCAUGCAACAACGGUUUAUGUUUGGGGGAUCUUCGCAGAACCUACUGGCACAGAAGGAGAAGACAGCGAACAACAACCCGAAUAGCGCCAAUGCCCAGAAUGCCUUUUACCAGGCUCUUCUGCGGGCCAACAUGCCUGCCAUUGUCGUGGAAAGACACCGGACUGCUCAGUUUGCCAGCAACUCAACGACCGAAGCGAUCUACACACAAGCUCUGCAACGCGUGGGUGGUGCGGAUGCCAUUGCCUUUGGAGCCCAGAACCAGGGACUGAAGUCGGAGCAGCUGCAGGCUGUUGGCCAGGCAGUUGCUGCGCAAACCGGCGGUGGUCAAAUUGGAAUGGCAACAAGACAAAGUGGUACAGGUGCUAAGGACGCCCCACUCUACGUUGUCGUGGACGAAUCUCUGAGUAGCGUCAUCUUCCGCUGGGUUAAAUUCCUUCUGAUUUUCGGCUUCUUCGCUUAUAUGUCCCUCGUUGUGGUUACGAUCCUCAUCGAGAGCACUGGUAUUUUGAAGAACAUCCGGGGUUCGCAAAACAACGAGGCCAAGCCUGAGCAGCAGAAAGCUCGUUUCAGCGACGUUCACGGCUGUGACGAGGCCAAGGAUGAGCUUCAGGAGUUGGUCGAGUUCCUCAUCAACCCUGAGCGUUUCUCGUCGCUGGGCGGUAAGCUUCCCAAGGGCGUUCUUCUGGUUGGCCCUCCCGGUACUGGUAAAACCCUGCUUGCCCGUGCAGUUGCGGGAGAAGCUGGCGUUCCGUUCUUCUACAUGUCUGGCUCCGAGUUUGACGAAGUGUACGUUGGUGUGGGUGCUAAGCGCGUCCGCGAACUCUUCAACCAAGCUCGUGAGAAAUCCCCCGCCAUUAUCUUUAUUGAUGAGUUGGAUGCGAUUGGUGCCAAGAGAAACGAGCGCGAUGCUGCCUAUGUGAAGCAAACGCUUAACCAGCUGUUGACGGAGCUCGACGGGUUUUCCCAGACCAGCGGUGUUAUCAUUCUCGGUGCUACCAACUACCCACAGCUCCUGGACAAGGCGUUGACCCGACCCGGUCGAUUCGACCGCAAGGUCACCGUCGGCCUUCCUGACGUCCGUGGCCGUAUGGACAUUCUUCGACACCACAUGAAGGGCGUCCAAUUCAGCCCCGAUAUUGAUAUCGGUGUCAUUGCCCGUGGUACUCCUGGCUUCUCUGGUGCCGACCUGGAAAACCUUGUUAAUCAGGCCGCCAUCCAUGCCAGUCGUUACCGCAAGCCCAAGGUCGGCUCUAUGGACUUUGACUGGGCCAAGGACAAGAUCAUGAUGGGUGCUGAAGCUCGGAGUCGUAUUAUCCAGGACAAGGAUAAGGUGUCGACUGCCUAUCAUGAAGCCGGCCAUGCGCUCGUUUCUUAUUUCUCGCCGUCAUCCACCCCUCUCUACAAGAUCACCAUUGUUCCCCGUGGCAUGGCUCUUGGUCUGACCCACUUCCUUCCGGAAAUGGAUACCGUCUCGCGGAAUUACUCUGAGUUCCUGUCUGACAUUGCUGUGGCCAUGGGUGGUCGGGCCGCCGAAGAGUUGAUCUACGGUCCUGAGAAUGUUUCGAGUGGUAUUUCUGGAGACAUCCAACAAGCGACCGAGACGGCCUUCACUCUUAUCACUCGCUUUGGUUACUCCAAGAAGCUGGGCAACGUCGAUCUGUCCAGCAACUACGACAGCCUCUCCUCUGAAACCAAGCAGGAGAUUGAGGGCGAAGUCCGCCGACUGGUUGAGGAAGCCCGUGACAAGGCUACCAAGAUCCUGACCGAGAAGCGAAAGGAACUGGAGCUUUUGACCAAUGCCCUGAUUGAGUACGAGACCCUUACCAAGGAAGAGAUGGAGAAGGCGGCCAACUUCAACCCGACAGCCUCGACAGAGCAACCCCCUCACGCCACGGAGUAA